AUGCUUAAUGCAAGUGACAUCUCUACUUUUAUUCUUUUGGGUUUUUCUGCUCAAGUAGAGAAAAACAUGGUAUACUUCAUUUUGUAUUUAGUGAUCUAUACAGUAUCCUUAAUAGCAAAUGUUCUCAUCAUAUUAGCAGUGUCCAUCCAUCCUCCACUCCAUACACCCAUGUACUUUUUCUUAGUGAAUUUAUCUGUUACAGACCUUGGCUCUAUUUCUGUGACUAUUCCCAAAGCCAUGAUAAAUGCUUUCUUGAGCAGCAGAGAGAUCUCAUACUCCGGGUGCGUCGCACAAGUAUUUUCUUUAUUGUUCUUCGCGAUGUCAGAUUUUUUCCUUCUCACAGGAAUGGCAUAUGAUAGAUACAUUGCUAUCUGUGACCCAUUGCACUAUGAAAUCACAAUGGGCAGGAAGACAUGCUUUCAGCUGGCAGCCACUGCAUGGAUAGGAGCUCUUCUUUAUUCAACCUUGCACACCUGUGGCACCUUUGCAAUCAACUUUUGUUCCAACGUUCUCAAUGAUUUCUUCUGUGAUGUCUCACAACUUCUGAAAAUAUCCUGUGACAAUUCAUAUCUCAUUGAAGUUGGAUUCAUCCUCUUUAGUAUAGCUGGUAUUGGUUUUCCUUGCUUUGGUUUCAUAAUUGUUUCAUAUGUGAAGAUUUUCAAAUCUGUGUUUAGAAUACCUACUUUGCAAAGACAAAAUAAGGCCUUUUCAACUUGCAUUCCACAUCUUAUUGUUGUCUCCUUGUUUGUCAGCACUGCAAGUGUUAAUUUACUAAAACCUCCUUCUUUCUCCCUUUCAAGUGUAGAAAUAGCAAUCACUGUAUUGUACUCUGUGGUUCCUUCUUUGAUUAAUCCUAUUGUUUAUACUAUGAGGAACAAGGAGAUCCAAGUUGCAUUGUGUAAUAUGUUUAAAUCUACUAUUACAUCUAGGAAUCAAUCAUAG